AUGGAGUCAGAGAUGUUCAGCCCCCGUGCGGCCCACGAGAUCAAGCCGGGUAGUGAUCUAGAGGGCACAGGAGGUAGCAACGCGCCCUCUCCGCUGUCCGCAGCCUGCGACGACUCCCUGGGGUCGGACGGGGACUGUGCAGCCAACAGCCCGGCAGCGAUAAGCGGCGGUAAGCGGAAUGCGAGAGGUGCGCCUGCCGCGGAGGAGGAGGGCCCGGUGGCGGCGGGGACCGUAGAGGAGGGCGCCGCAGGGCCCGGGGCUGAGGGCGCAGGGGUUGGUGAGGGCGGGCGUAGCAAGCCGUACACGCGGCGGCCCAAGCCCCCGUACUCGUACAUCGCGCUUAUAGCCAUGGCCAUCCGCGACUCGGCGGGCGGGCGCCUGACGCUGGCUGAGAUCAACGAGUACCUCAUGGGCAAGUUCCCCUUUUUCCGCGGCAGCUACACUGGCUGGCGCAACUCCGUACGCCAUAACCUUUCGCUCAACGACUGCUUCGUCAAAGUGCUGCGCGACCCCUCGCGGCCUUGGGGCAAGGAUAACUACUGGAUGCUCAACCCCAACAGCGAGUACACCUUCGCCGACGGGGUCUUCCGUCGCCGCCGCAAGCGCCUCAGCCACCGGGCACCGGUCCCCGCACCCGGGCUGAAGCUGGAGGAGACCACGGCUCCGCCGCCUACUCCUGCGCCCACGCCCGCCGCCCCGAACUCGCCCUGUGCGCGCUCCUCCGGCCGCCAGGAGGGGCGCGCCAGCCCCAAGGGCAAAUUCUCCAGCUCCUUCGCUAUAGACAGCAUCCUCAGCAAGCCUUUUCGCAGCCGCCGCGACGGGGACACGGCCCCCGUGGUGCAGAUGCAGUGGGGCGCUGCGCCCUGCCCGCCGCUCUCCGCGUACCCCGCGCUCCUCCCCGGCGCGCCCGGCGGGGCCCUGCUGCCGCUCUGCGCAUACGGAGCGCCGGAGCCUGCGCCCGCGCCGCACCUUCAGCUCGCGCCUUUCUCCUCCUCGGUCCCCGCCAAGCCCUUCCAAGGCCCCGCGGCUGGCGGCGGCAGGGGCGGCGCUCACUUGUACUGCCCCCUGCGGCUGCCCGCGGCCCUGCAGGCGGCCUCCUCCCGCGGCCAGGGCGCGCACCUGCCCUACCCCAUGGAGAGGCUGCUGGCCUGA